GCUCCUGAAAGUGUCCUGAUGUGUUUCACGUUCUCAGAUUUCCAACUUUGAACUUUUAAAAGGCUAAUGGACAAACUGAAGGGGAGAGAGGUAUGGUGUAUAUUAUACUGUAAAUAUGCAGUAAUUUGAAUCGUAUGAUAUGCAGAGUUGAUUUAUCGAGUGAAAGCGUGUCAGGACAUCUGGAGUUUAUUACGACUAAAAACACAGCUUGUGAAGACCUGCCUUUUCAGCAUCUUUCAUCCAAUACAGUUCCAGAAUUUGAAUAACAAACAACCAGUUGCUUCUUGAACUCCACCUGGCUCCAUUUUUACCAGACUGACAUUAGAUAAGAAGGGAGUUCUCUCGGUUUUAUUAUAUAAGGCUACCUAAACGAGACAGUAAUCAAAGAUGAAAAUAUACACCAUGCUUUUGUCUUUGGUAACUGUAUUUCUUUUGCUUGGAACGGGACAAGCUCAAAGGACAACUCCUGAUUUUAUUAUGGAAUAUUUUCAGAGACAACUUCAGCAGCUGGAGGGACGACUGAUCAAAUGCGAGCAAGACUUCCAGCACUUCAGUCGAAGGAUGUAUGACAUGUCCAAGGAGAUACACGGUGAAACGAGCAAGAUCAAUGUGCUGAAAUCAGAGGUCAAAGGUCAGCUUGACACCUUUGCUAUGCGUUUGGACCGAGUGGAGAGAGAUGUGGAAUACCUGCAUGAAAAAAUCCCUGACACCGUUGAGGUUGACAUUGAGGACUCGCUGAUCGAGCACCAGGUGAAAGAAGCCAAACUAAAAAAGACAUCUGUGAUCCCUAAGGGCAAAGACUGCAGUUCAGAAGUUGUGGGUAUCAAGUCUCUCAAAAUUGUCAAGAAAGCAGGUGACACCAAUGGAUCCUGGAUGAAGGAUCCGACAAAGGGUUCUGCUAAGAUUUACUUCUUUAGUGGCACUCGAAACAGUACAGUAUUAGCAUACGCCUCCCUAAAGACCUUCACCGAACCAAACUCCACCAAAAAAACAGAAGUUAUCCAUCUUCCUUUUCCCUGGCAUGGAACCGGCCACGUGGUCUACAAUGGCUUUGUGUACUACCACAACGCAGACACCAACAAUGAGAUCCUGAAGGUCCACCUGAGCAACCGUACGGUAGCCGAUCGGGUGCUGCUUCCUGGAGCUGGUCGGAUGCCGGCAUAUUCCCUCAAUCCUCAAACCCAGCUGGAUCUGGCCGUAGAUGAAAUGGGACUCUGGUCCAUUCAUGCCGACCCAGACUUUGGCGGCAACUUGGUGAUCACCAAGCUGGACCACAGCAGUCUGGCAGUGGAGCACACAUGGGAUACCAACUGCAAUAGUCGUGAUGCAGAAGCAGCUUUCAUAGUCUGUGGUACCUUAUAUGUGGUCUACAACUCACACUAUGGUGGAAGGUCCAGCAUCCAAUGCUUGUUUGAUAUCCAUGAUACCAUCUACACCGAAAGCAUCCCUGUGCUUUUCUUCCCAAAGCGUUACACCACCCACUCUGCUUUGCGCUUCCACCCAAAGGAUAAGCAACUGUAUGCAUGGGAUGAUGGAUAUCAGACCAUCUAUAAGUUAGAAAUCAAGAAGAUAUAGGAUAGGUCAAUUCUACAUUGUAGUUACAAUAAGGUCCUUCUAACCAGUAGUGCUUUAUUCUUCUUCCCAAUAGCAUGUAAUCUGCUUUAAGCACUUUGUCGUGCACUUUGUAGUUGUGCCAGACUGUCAUUUCCUGAUAAACAAAGGACUGUUUGAACUCCUCGGUUCAGUCAGAGAACCACAAGUAUAAUAUCUGCACUCUUUCAUGAUUUGAGACAGUGAAAAAUGUUUACUCUAUAAUGAAACAGCUAAAACCAGCCUAAGCUGGUUGGCUGGUCUUAGCUGGUUUAAGCAGGAAGUAGUUGGUUUUAGCUGGUCUUACAGCCUGACCAGAUAAGACCAACCUGACCAGCUAAGGAAGUGUCCAAAACCCCUCUAAAACCAGCUUGCUUAUGAAAAUAAAUUAUGCUUUUAUUAUAGUAAAAGUGUAGAAACCAUGUUUUUUUUUUUUUUGGCGUAUUAAUUACCAUUUGUAGAACCACAGUUUUAUUAUAGUAAAAGUGUAGUAACCAUAUAUUUUUUUUUUUUUUUUUUUUUUUUUUGGUGUAUUGAUUACCAUUUGUUUUAUUACAAAUACCAUGGUUAAACUAUGGUUAGAAUACCAAAACCAUAGUUAAUUUGUAGUUACCAUGGUUUAAGUAUAGUAACCAUGGUUUUUUAGUUUUAUUUGUAGUAAAACCAUGCUUAAUUUUUGUAACGGUGACCAGCUAUAAGACCGGGCUGGAUGACCAUUAUAUACCAUUAUAUGAACUGAAUAUCUGCAAUGCAUGUCUCUUAAAGAAAAAUAUAUUUUAUACAAAACAUGUUUGCCUUGUAUUUCUGAGGUGGAAGGGGAUCACGGCUUGAAAUGUUGAAAUUAUAAUGUGCACCAUACAAAGCACAAUAAGUGUAAUUAAUUUUCUGACAUGUUUUGGAAAUAAAUAAUC